UAUGUAUGACUACCAUGUGCUAGAUAUGAUUGAAUUGGGUAUUGAGAAAUUCAUCUCUCUCAAAGAUAUUAAGAACAGCAAAUGUCCUGAGGGAACAAAACCUAUGUUAAUAUUUGCUGGUGAUGAUUUUGAUGUAACUGAAGACUAUAGAAGACUAAAAAGUCUUCUUAUUGAUUUCUUCAGAGGUCCCACAGUAUCAAAUAUCCGCCUGGCCGGUUUGGAUUAUGUUCUGCACUUUACUGCACUGAAUGGGAAGAUUCAUUUUCGAAGCUAUAAGUUGCUGUUGAAGAAAUCAGGUUGCAGAACACCCAGAAUUGAAUUGGAAGAGAUGGGACCCUCCUUGGAUCUGGUCCUGAGGAGAACUCAUCUGGCAUCAGAUGACCUUUAUAAGUUAUCUAUGAAAAAGCCAAAAGCCCUCAAGCAAAAGAAGAGGAAAAAUAUAUCCCAGGAUACCUUUGGUACAACUUAUGGAAAGAUCCACAUGCAGAAGCAAGACCUCAGCAAAUUACAAACCAGAAAAAUGAAAGGAUUGAAGAAGAGACCAGCAGAAAGGAUAGCAAUAGAAAAUGAGGAAAAUCUAUCAAAGAGAAUUAAAAAAGAUUGA